AUGGCAGUCACCUUCUUUGCUCCAUUUAUAUGUGUUCUUGUUCUGCAAUCCUUCUUCUUAAAGAUCAACUCAAGCCCAUAUGGUUCCGAUGUGCCAAAAGGCGAUAAGGAUUUGUUAGAGUUCCCGUUGAAUCUGGAGUACUUGGAGGCUGAGUUUUUCUUGUAUGGCUCAUUAGGGUAUGGGUUGGACAAGGUUGCUCCCCAGUUGACCUUGGGAGGCCCUGCUCCUAUUGGUGCCAAAAAGGCCAAUCUUGAUCCCAUUACAAGAGAUAUUAUAGAGCAAUUUGCAUGGCAAGAAGUUGGACACCUAAGGGCAAUUAAGUCGACUGUCAAAGGAUUUCCAAGGCCACAAUUGGAUUUGAGUGCAAGGUCAUUUGCCAAGGUGAUUAAUAGUGCAUUUGGGAAGAACUUACAGCCUCCUUUUGACCCCUAUGCCAAUAGCAUCAACUACCUUAUUACAUCAUAUGCAAUUCCUUAUGUUGGACUUACUGGAUAUGUGGGAGCAAGUCCCAGACUCCAAGGUGCUACUUCAAAAAGGGUAAGCCCCUAA